CCACCCCCAGCUUCUUUGGCCUGCUCUGGACCGAGGCCCUCUCUCAGCUCCUUUGCUGGCUACCGUGGCCUUGGUGGCACCGCCCUGCAGUGGUCAGCCCAGGACUUCCCUCACCCAUGCAGUCCCCUGCUACCACUGCUGAAGGCCUCAGUGGUCCUCUCUUUGGGGCCUACACAUUCCCUACCUUCAAGUUCCAGCUUCGCCAUGAGAGCAUAGACUGGAGGCGCAUUAGCACCCUGGAUGUGGACCGUGUGGCACGGGAGCUGGAUGUGGCCACCCUGCAGGAGAACAUCGCUGGAGUCACUUUCUGCAACUUGGACCGGGAGACAUGCAGCCGCUGUGGGCAGCCUGUGGACCCAGUGCUGCUCAAGGUGCUGCGCCUGGCACAGCUCAUCAUUGAGUACCUGCUGCACUGCCAGGACUGCUUGAGUGCCAGUGUUGCCCAGCUGGAGGCGCGGCUGCAGGCCAGCCUGGGCCAGCAGGAGCGCGGUCAGCAGGAGCUGGGUCGCCAGGCUGAUGAGCUCAAGGGUGUGCGAGAGGAGAGCCGCCGGCGUCGCAAGAUGAUCAGCACCUUGCAGCAGCUGCUCCUGCAGACAGGUGCCCACAGCUACCACAUG